AGCGCCAUGGAGUCGCGGGGGGAGCCGCAGACGCCGAACAGAAUGAGCCAGGGAGACUCGAACCCAGCCGCAGUUCCACAUGCCGCUGAAGAUAUUCAGGGCGAUGACAGGUGGAUGUCACAGCACAAUAGGUUUGUCUUGGACUGCAAAGACAAGGAGCCCGACGUGCUCUUCGUGGGUGACUCCAUGGUGCAGUUGCUACAGCAGUAUGAGAUAUGGCGAGAGCUCUUCUCACCACUUCAUGCACUGAAUUUUGGGAUUGGUGGAGACACCACAGGACACGUUCUAUGGAGACUGAAGAAUGGUGAACUGGAGAACAUUAAACCGAAGGUCAUUGUUGUUUGGGUUGGAACAAAUAAUCAUGAAAACACAGCAGAAGAAGUAGCAGGUGGAAUCGAGGCUAUCGUGCGCCUGAUAAACACCCAGCAGCCGCAGGCCAAAGUUAUUGUACUGGGCCUGCUACCUCGUGGAGAGAAGCCAAAUCCGCUGCGGCAGAAGAAUGCCAAGGUGAACCACCUGCUAAAAGCCUCGCUCCCCAAACUGCCCAACGUCCAGCUUCUGGAUGUGGACGCCGGCUUCGUGCACUCAGAUGGCACCAUCUCAUACCACGAUAUGUUUGAUUUCCUGCACCUGACAGGAGGGGGCUACGCAAAGAUCUGCAAACCCCUCCACGAACUGAUCAUGCAGCUGCUGGAGGAGACCCCCGAGGAGAAACGAGCUGCCCUGGCCUGAGUAGCUGAUGUCAGCGUUAACAGCAUCAUCCAGCCCAUCAGAUCAGUUCUGUCACUGGCACUACAGAAUCCUUCUUUCUUAAAGCACUUUCCAUUGUAGAAUGUUACCGGAUGUUCGUACCUAGUGUUUUGAGGGGGAAGGCUAAUGUUUAACUGGUCUUGUACGUAUGAGGGCCGGCUUGGUUGGUUUUAUUGCAGGAGGAAAUUAGCUGAAGAAGAGUUUUACUUUUAAACCAUUCCUCAUUUAAACCGAGAACAGGACUGUCACUCUGUGCCCCUCUCAUGUCUUGUUGCUCUGUGGUUGUCCUAGAACCCUUGUAGCCUGUCUCUGACAGCCCGCGCACAGCUCCUGGCUCACCGUUCCUGGCUGUAGGGAUUGCGCUCUGUGUAUUAGCCUGUGAACAAGAAUCACAUUCCACUUGCAAAAGCCGGAACAGAUGCAUUUUUCCAAACUCGGUCCCACCUUUUAAAGUUUUUGGGGGUUGUUUUUUUUUUGUUUUUUUCGGGGGGCGGGUUAAGUGACACGUGUUGCUUUCUCACUCCUCCUUUCUGAAGCAGCACGAAACUGGAAUUGGGAAACAUAAAGAGGCGAACGGUUAACCGAACUCAUGUAACACUCCCAGGUGCUUGUUCUUGUGCUUAUUUCACCGUGCCUGCUAGCCGGGGCACCUUUCCUCCCACGUAGCUUUCCCUGGGGGCAGUCUCAUUCAGGUGCCGCUGGCUGUCCUGUUCCCCGCUCCUGUCUGUCUGUGGUGUCGCUGGCUUUUAACGGUCGCUCAGUUUAGGAUUUUAAUUACCCAGUAAACGCCGCACAAGGCAGUCACUUCCUCACUGCUCUAGAACUGACGUUUCAUUCCUCCGAAAUGCCUGUGCCACGGGGCUCUUUGCCAUGCUGUUCCCUGUUCUUUUUUUUUUUAAGUAUGACUGUUAACAUCCUUUUUUUCUAAAGGAAGCCCAUAUGAGUAGCCCCUGCCUGCAAGGCCUAAAUCAGCCUGAAGCUUUACGGAUUCCAAGGUGUAUAUUUCUUUAUCGCUUCUGUUUUACUUGUAUAAACAUUUUAUUUGAGCAACUACAGCCUCUCACAGUGAAGAGUGAAGUCAGGGUGUAGCUUUUCCUGCCCUGGACCUGGCUCCUCGCCUCUGGCUGAGAGAGCCGGAGGGGCAGGUGCCCUCCCACAGGGGCUGCGACUUGGUGGGAUUUUGGUUUGGCUUUUUUUGUUAGGAGGGCUGGUUGUAGCCUACUAGUGAUCAUACGAAAAGAGCCUUUCAUUUAAAAGCGAAAGGUUCUCUUUUUCCAAACGAAACUGGUUUGGACCCGAAAGGCAGAGCCCGAGAUGAAUAGAUGACUCUACUUGCAAAUAAAACAAUUUUAAACAAAGUCUGUUCCUCCUUGGCUUACCUGCCAGAGUCGGAGCUCGGCGGCGCUGUGCAGACCUCGCCGUGGUUCGCGCUGCGGUAGCUGGCCGGGAGCUGCCGACGCGGGUCUCCGCACUUCUUCCCCUGUAAGCGGGAUCUGCGCUCGCGCCUGCUCGUCUCGGCAGGUAAAUCGGAGAGGAACGGAUAGCUUUUUAGCAGGCGCUUCAUGCUGUGCUCCGAAGGAAGGGUGUUUUGGUGUCCAGGUCGCUUGCUGUGCCCUGCUGCAAGGAAGUACAUUGGUACUGUAUAUAGUCUGUCUGCCCUUUUUUAUACUGAAGGGUGCUGGUGUUUAAUGCAGUCUAUAACCUAGCAUUAAGGAAUACUUUAAUGUCCCCACUACGUUCCCCUCUUCCUGUAGAUUUGAUCAUAGCAGGAUUUCUGCCUGGAUUGCAUGCAUAGUGUGUGUUUUGUUUCCAGUAUAUGUGAUCUACACACAGAUGAAGGAAAGAUGAAGCGUUCCACUUGCCAGUAUCAGAAGUGGGAAGUUGUGGAGUGCCGCAGUAGAGGAGGGAUUACGGUCCUACCCCCAGGAAGCAGACUAGGGACACGCUGCUCCCCGAGGCUCGCUCGGCCUCUGCGCUCUGGAGCUCCGCUGCCUUGCAGGACUGGCUUUAAGGGAACGUUGCUCGCGCUUCCCAUAAGAUGCUGGCUGGAGAAGUUGGAGCAAGGGAGGGUGGAAGAUCAAAGGUUAAAAAUAUGCUGCGCUGGCGGGUUCCUGGGGAAAGAACUUGCCCACCCCGCACGCACCCCUUAGGGAGAUGGGAUGAAACACGUUCUGCUCCCCGUGAGCUUUUCGGGUUUCUAGGCUUGUGUGGAAAGGCAGCGUGCUAGUUUAAUCUGCACAUCCCUGCUUCCCUCUCUGCUGUCGCCGCGUUUGGCUAAAGAGAUGCUAACCAGGAACGUGCUCUCCAGUACAACGCUCUGACUUCUCAACUCGGCACCCGUGCGGCCAGGGCUGUGCUCAGCUGUGAGUCAGCCCCUCUUGGCAGGGUGCUGAGCGGCCCGAGAGGUUUGGCAGGCUCCUGAGCCUUCCGCACCGCGACUGAGGACGGCUCUGCUUAGGCUUGGCUUGCUAAGGUGCUGCGCUCUGCGCUUGGCUCAGUGCUCGCGGCCCUCCUUCUCUGCUCCCGUAACCGUCUCUGAUACUGCUGGCACUGUGUAAGGAAAGCGAGGACGGCUUCCUCUCUGCUCAGACUUUAGCUCUGCUUGUCGCUGCCUAGUAAGAAACUGUCCAGCUCACAACUGCGAGGUUUUGUGGGAGGGCAAGGAGGGGUUCUCCCUCCUCGCUGACCUAGUUCUAAAAACCGAGCGCCUUGUUGCCAGACGCGUAGAAAAGCUUCGGUUCCAGCUCGGGGCGACCCAUGUCCCUUGGGGUUUGGGUUGGGGCUGGGCUGCCCCUGCCCGGCCCGUGGGAACCACGUCCUUGUGAAGGGUUGGUUGGGAAAGAGCCAGCGCUGCGGGGCUUCUCCCCUCCGUCAACAACCCGGUUGCGUUUGACAGCUCUCUGCCGGAGCCUGCUCUCUCCUCCCUGUGAGCAUUGCUGGUUUUGUAUUCAUUGCAGCAGAGGGAAAACCAAAACAGAAGACGUGAAAGGAAGGAAAGAGUCUCUUGUAACUUGCCGGGGGGACGGGAGGAUGACCGCAGGCCGGGACCUGUGAGGAGGAAAGCCCAUACCUACCGGGUGUGAAACCAGGUGGCAGCCUCCCCCCGCCUGCCUGGAGGCACUGCCCUCUCACCGCUCACCGCCCCGGACCUUCCCCAGGACAAAAAAAUUGUGAUUCUGCUUUGGCAAAAAUGCAUCGGCGGGUAGAGCUCACUCUGUUAGUGCAUAUUUCGAUAUAAAUGUCAAUGUUUCACCCCACCGUGUUGCAACGUGUGUGUGUGUGUGUGCCUAGGCGCCCGCGUCCUUCCUUCCCUCUCUGUGUCGGUGACUCCUCCUGUUUCAUUUCUGGGGGGCCGGGGAGGCAGCUGGGGAGGUGCUGCCCCACACAGAGCUGCCAAACAAACCUCCCCCUGCGUGCCCGUGCAGCAUUCCCUCCCCGGGGUCUUGGAGUCGCGCUCGGCUGGAUCCUCACUCAUUUAAUCUCUGUUCUUUUCCCCGCUCUGUUGGGGGGCUUUUCUGUGUUUGUUUUUCCUCUCCUUUCACCAUGCGGAGCUUAGGUCCUGUACCCAAAGCUGAAGCAAGGUUCUGCGGGUGAAGGUGGCGGGUAUUUUGGCCCUCGACAGGGCAUCAGCUUGUGUUUGAUUACUCAGUGAUUUAUUAUUAAUAGCCCUGAAAUGAACAGGGAGUGCGCAUCACCACGCAAUCCAACUUAACAGUCAUCCCAGCGGAGGCGAUGCUUGAGUUUGAACAGCAGCUUAGGAGUCGGUUGGAGUUCUGCUUCUAGCUCCUGCAUGGGCGUCCGUCUGUCCCCGAGCAAGUCGUUCCAUCUGCUGUCAGCGUCACCACCCGUAACCUGGAAACAAUGUGCAGACUGUCUGAAAAGUGCUUUGGGAUCCUCGGCGAGAGGACCUGUAGAAAUAAAGUGCACAAUAGCAGCA